GCUAUCAGUUACGAUUAUUCCAUCAUCGCAGUAAGAGUACUCUAUUCUCGAUGCAGCAUAGUUAGAGCGCACUUUUAGAUGAUUUCAACCAUCCAUUUCAUUCUUUUCGGGACCCUCCUUACCCUGCAGUGUGACCUGCUCACCGCAUCCUACCAUUGCGGCAUCCGGAAGCACGACUUCGUCCAGCUGGUGCACCGUGGCUGGAAGGUUGAAGAAGGUCAAUGGCCCUGGCACGUGGCCAUUUUCCACCGACAUCCGAACGAAACCCUCCAGUACGUUUGCGGGGGUAGUCUACUGAACGAGAAACACCUCCUGACGGCAGCACACUGCGUCACAAACCGAAAAACCAAGCGUCCGUUAACGACGACGUUGUUUGAGUUGCAUUUUGGACAACAGAACUUGUCCACGGUAAGCGACAGCGUUCAAAUUCGGGAUGUCGGCGAGGUGCUCGUCCAUCCGGAGUAUUCAACCCAUAGGAACGAUAUAGCAGUUCUGGUGAUGCGACUUGCCGUUGUUUAUACGGACCUUGUGAUUCCCAUAUGUAUCGAUCAAAAAGUGGAUCGGGAUCUGGUGGAACUCGAAGGGCACCGUGGCUGGGUGACCGGAUGGGGAACUACGGAGAUGGGGCACGUUUCGGAUGUUCUGUCGAUGGCGUCCCUACCGGUUGUGAGCUACUUAAGCUGUACCAAAAACGAUCCGGCGCUGUUCGGCAAUCUGGUCAACGAAAAUGUGUUCUGUGCUGGAGAUCUAAACGGAACAAGUCCUGGCACGGGUGAUAGUGGUGGCGGGAUGUAUUUCAGUGACGGCGACCGUUGGGUACUCAGAGGCGUUGUCUCUUUUGCGAAAGUGGACGAGCAGAGGCAGCAAGUUGACACCUCCAGGUAUGCGGUAUUUGUCAACGUGCAGCGUUAUUUGAGUUGGAUCGAUGAAGUAUUGGCACAAAAUGCACCAGAAUCAGCACAGAGAUCGAAGCGUAUCAGUGACAGGGAGUGCGACAGAUACAAAGAGCUUGUGGUGAAACGAAAAAAUGGGAUUUGCGAAAACUCCAGACACCCUCAUGUGGUAGUUGUGACGUAUGCUGCCAAUGUGACAGGAUUCUGUACUGGAGUUCUAGUGCAUGAGAGCUACGUUCUGUCAACUUGCCUUUGCACACGUUACAGCAAACCUGAGCGAGUGCAGAUUGAUGCAUACGGAGACGUGGCUAUUGAAACCAUAACUUGCCAUCCACAGUACGACCAGAGUCUCAGAGUUAACGAUGUGGCGGUCUUCCAAUUGGCUUCACCCGUAACGCUUUCCAACAAUAUUUUGCCAGCCUGUUUGGCAAGCAAUUGGACGGAAAACCUCUACGACACACUUGUCCAAGCUGGGUACGGCUUCAGCAGAACAACUGGUGCAAUGCAAUUUUUCGAAUCGGACGAAAACGAGGUUAUUCGAGAACAGCGUUGCAAGCAAAUUACGAAUAAGUCCGAUUCACUGUGCAUAAAUAAUACCGAUUUGCUUCGCAAUGAUAUCUAUCUACUGCCGGGGUUGCCCAUCCAAUCGAUCAAUCGGCGGUCCUGCAUGUCCACCCUUGUCGGAUUGAUGAGCUACGCUGUAGUGGCCCCAAAGAAAUCUAGAAACCUGCCGGUGAUUGACAGUUACACGAGAAUUGCUCGCUUCCUGGACUGGAUCGAAAAGGUCAUUUGGCAGGAAAUCGAGGCUGAUCCAACAACGGAGGAACCUAGCGGCAGGUUUGGCGCUACGGAGAAUCAUAUCGCUUUUCCACAGAAUAUGGAUUUUGUGUUCCCUGAUCAGUAUGAAGCAAUAAAAAAGCCUUGAAAAUUUUUAUAUGUAAUCGAAUUUCAAUCUUAGAUCUA